AAGAAACAUCAGCAAUGAAUGAAGAAAACAUGACGAAAAAAGAGCUUUUAACGAUUAUUAACUCAUUGUUAAAUUCUAUUAAUAUCUUAAACUAUCCAAAGUAUCGUGGAUUGCUGCAAAAAACUCGUAGUCAACUGCAAGAGAUCUUGCAAAGUAUUAGAGAUCUGCAUAAUGACCAAAGGCUUGAAAAUGAGAUAGAGCCAGAAAAUUAG